AUGGCUUCAGGAGCAGCCGAUUACCGUCCAGCCAAGGCCAAGUCCAAGAACCACACCACACAUAACCAGUCCCGGAAAUGGCACAGAAAAGGCAUCAAGAGACCCCGGUCACAAAGAUAUGAAUCUCUCAAGGGGGUCGACCCCAAGUUCCUGAGGAACAUGCGCUUUGCCAGGAAACACAAGAAAGGCCUGAAGAAGAUGCAGGCAAAUAAUGCAAAGGCCGCGAGUGCACAUGCGGAGGCCAUCAAGGCCCUGGUGAAGCCCCAGGUGGUGAAGCCCAAGGUGCCAAAGGGCUCCAGCCGCAAAUUUAUCUGUCUUGCUUUCCAUCGCUCACCCCAAGCUUGA